AUGGCAGCCGCCAAGGAGGUGCAAGAGGCUGCUGCUAGGGAUGUGGGGGAAGGGGCCACGGUGACGCUGGUGGCCGGCGACACGCGGCUGGUGGCGCACAGGGCCGUCCUGGCAGGCAGGAGCCCCGUGUUCGCCGCCAUGCUCUGCCAGGACACGCCGGAGGCCAGCAGCAGUGUGGUCGCAGUCCCCGACGUGGAGGGCCCGGUGCUGCACCAGCUGCUGGCCUACAUGUACUCCCUCCGUGCUCCCGAGGAGCCCCGCAUGGCCCCACAGCUCCUGGCAGCUGCCGACAGGUACGGCGUGUGGGGGCUGAAGGUCCAGUGUGAGGAGCAGCUGGCCAGUCAGCUGUCAGCAGAGAACGUGGCGCGCACGGCGGUGCUGGCAGUGAGGCACUCCUGUCCCAGCCUCGCAGAGGUCGCUGUAGCCUUCAUAAAAGCCAACUCGCUGGUGUUUGCCACAGCGGGUUGGGCCGAUGCAGUCCUCAACCACCCUGAUGAGGUGGUCAAAGUGAGUCAGUUGCUCGGUGGGCCACUAACAGAAACCAGGAGCCUUCCUGGAAAGGAGAGUAGCCAAGGACUGAUCCAGGCAGCUAAGGAGGGGGCGGUGGAGGAGCUGAGGGUGCUUCUCGCGACAGGGGCGAAAGUGGGGUCGAGGGACGAGGACAUGUGGACUGCUCUGCACUGGGCAGCUUAG